UUGUUACAGAGUUUUUGAACUAAGUCAGAUGGUUCAAAGUAAAUAGCUUAUUUUUGUCAAAUUACUUAUCUAAACAUUAUCUGUAAAACAUGCGGAGUAACAAUGUCACAAAAAUGUAUAAUUAUGUAAUUGAUUAAUCCGAAGACCUAAGAAAUUUACAUAUGGGUGCUUCAAUGUUUGUAAUUGUUAUUACGGUGUCUUUUUAUCUUUUUACCUGGUGUCAAAAACAAGAUGCGCUCAGGUGUCAACAGAUUUUUCUUUGUCAAGGGAUUAUCUACGUUAACUCAAUUAUUUCUUUAUGGCCAGUGUCCGUCGAUAAGGUCACGUGGGUUAAUUUUUUAAUUACCAAAAUUGUUCCGAACAAAGAAUCUAAUUUUUGAUUGGUCGAAAUAGAUCAGGGAAGCCCAGGUCUCCGAUUGAGAUAGCGUGCCCUACCUCGGGCAUUCUAAUCGGAGACCUGCAUCAAUAAAGUUGUUCAGUUAAUUAAUCAAGGCUUCCCUGUAUCUGAUUUCAGGUAAAUUAUGGUUUACGUUCAUUUUUGUUAAAUUCAUUCAUGCAAAGUUCAAAUAUUUUUCAUUUUCUUUAUUUUAAUGAAAUAUAAAGUAUUUCUUAUUAUUUUUAAUGUUUAAAUGCACUUUUAAGAAAUUUGAGCUUUCAUCAGAGUUAAAGUUUUUAUUUGACUUUGUUUAUUUUCAUUAAGCCAGUUUUGAUAUUUUUCUACUUUUAAAUGUUAAGUUAGUUGAAAAAGGUUUUUGGCUUGAUUAUUCAUUUUGUUGAUUAGUUAAAUUUAUUUUUAACAAGUUUCAUAACUGACACCAGGCGCGUUUUUAUAUUCUCUUUAUAAAACCGGAAAUGGUUAUUCCGUUUUGGUUUUUCAUAUUACUAUUUCUUUAAACACUGCCGCGUGAAACGUCUACAUCAGUCGCUAGUCCCAAACCUUUUGGACCGGAUUUAGUGACUAAGGGUCCUCCACUGCCAAGCGAGUUGCUAUUCCCCGUACUUAUAGUGUCGCAAAGUCAUAACAUCAAUAACAUCUUAAACACGACGCGACAAAUUGGUGGAGUUCCGAAACCCGGAGGAUAAAUCUGAAAGACAGAUCAACAAUGCCAGCCCCGGCAAACAGAGAGGAAGACACAAGCACUACGCAAACCCAUGACCAACAUGAGGACAUCAAUCAUUUAAAACGAAUACUGGAGGAGAAGGAAAAAGAGAUUGAAGCCCUCCGACAAGAGAACGAGGAAAUUCAGUUCCAAGACUUGGAAAACAGGCGGAGAGACCGUUGGCAGAUUGAAGACCGAGAGGAGGAGAUUAUACGCCUCCAAAAUGCCAUCCAGAACCAAAGACCAGAAACAAACACCGUGACAGCGUCCUCACCAAAGGUUAAACUGGAGAGUUACGAUGGACGCUCAUCCAUCAUCCACUGGUGGGUCAAGUUUAUGACAUUUAUUAGUUUACAGAAAUGGUCAGAGAAAGUGGCGAUUGACACCUUGCCAUUUUAUCUAAAAGGCGCCGCAGAGUCCUGGUUUUAUUCUGUGGAUGACGGUGUAAAGCAGUCCAUCUCAACCAUCAAACAAGCUAUUCAUAAUCGAUUUCAAGAAUCAUCCAGAAAUCGACUGGAAUUGAUGGAUGUGAAACAGAAAACAACCGAGUCAGUCGAGGAUUUUAUACAUAGGGUGACUCAAAUGACAACAGACAGACGCGUGGACCAGGAAUGGCUGAUCACAGUAAUCAUCAAUGGACUAAAACCGGACAUAGGAGCAGACGUAAUUAAGGUGGACCCGAGGACCCUGGAAGAACUGAGGAACGUGGCCAUCAGAUCUGAGGUCGCAGAGAGGAGACGCAACAACUCUACCACCAUUCAGGAGAACACCAACCUUGCGCUCCUCAAUGCUUUGCAAGACAUAAGGGAUGAUUUGAAGUCCAACAAUCAGCAACCACCUCAAUACCAACAACAACCCAGACGAUCUGGAAGACAGAGACCACCACACCCAGGCUUUCAUCAUCAGCAGCCGCAGCAACAACCCCGGUGGCCAGACUUUCAACAACCCCAGUGGCAGCAAUCUCGGUGGACAGAUCAACAACAACCUCGGUGGUCAGCACAGCCGCAACAGCAACCUGAAUGGCAAGAACCUGAUUGGCAGCAACCUCAGGGGCAGCAACAUCAGUGGCAGCAACCCCAGUGGCAGCAUGGACCACGGCCCGCCGGACCUCCUCAUCAUGGACCUCGCAGACCAGCCCAGUCCUACCACAAGAAGGGUGAGUUUUGUGAUUCUGGUCAAAAUUACAAUAAUGAUUCUUUAGUUAGAUGUUUUUAUUGUAGAGAGUUGGGUCAUUUUAAGAAACACUGCCCACACAAAAACACUUCUUACAGGCCACACAUUCGCCACACUCCACAACAAACUCCAGCACCUACACAGUACAUGUCACAACAAUAG